AUGGAUCCAUAUAUUCUCAAGUCAGGCUGUUGCUCCUGAUUACCAGAGCCUGUCAAUGCGUUUCUUCUUGUAAAUUUUCCGCUUGGAUGUAUGUCCUUGUCUUGUCUGCUGUUUUCAUCGUGUCAGCAUGCGUGUUUCUGUCCAUUCCCUCGCCGUCUCUUACUGUCACCUUGAUGUGUACUAAUGUCCUUCGCAGUUACGUGCCUUCCUAACUCCCCUCCAUCACUUUUAGCUUCAGCUCCUUGUUCAAAAAACUGGAAUGUACCAGAACCACAUCAAAGACACAAACAACAACUGCAGCAAGAGCCUUCUCUGUGAGAACAAGGCCAAGCUUGUUCAGGCUAUUAAAAGAAUCAAACAUGAGGUAGACGAAUGCAGAGAAGCAGAGAGAGAGACCUACUCAGACUCAGUGGAAAUAGAGAAUAGAUUUGACGGAUUAGAGCGAGAAAUCAGAGCCGAGUUUCAGAACCUCCAUCGCUUCCUGGAAGAGGAGGAGAAUGAGGACCUGGAAAGGCUGAGGAGGGAGAGACAGAAACAGCUGAAGCGGCUGAAGGAGCGAGAGAAGAAGAUAGAAGCUCAAGGAAGGGACCUGGAGAGAGCGAUAGCAGUGCUGAACAGCAAGCUGGCCGAGGAGGAUAGUCCUAAACUGCUCAAAGAAAUCCAGGAUCUUAUAAAAAGGUCUCAGGUCCACUUCAUUCUUCCUGCAGAGGUGGACACAGAGGUCCACUCAGGUUGGUUUGUGGGUCCCAUCCAAUACAGGAUAUGGAAACACAUGAAAAGCUGCCUCUACCCAAAUAUUACGUCAGUGAGGUUUGACCCCGAGACCGCCCACCCUAAUCUGUCCCUGUCUCAGUCCUGCACGUCUGUUUGGUUCAGUGACGAUAAAGACACUUCAGAGGUCCAAGCCAACCCGCGUCGAUUCAACUACUACUACUGUCUCCUGGGCCACCAGGGCUUUACCACCGGCCGACACUACUGGGAGGUGGAGGUGGGCUACAAAACAGCGUGGAGGUUGGGCGUGGCGCGGGAGGAUGUUCCCAGAGGAGAGAUGGCGGCGACGGGAACCUCCGUCGGCCUCUGGACGUUGGCCUACAAGAGCGGCUCCCUCCUGGCCUGCACGGAUCCAAAACCCACCAAGGUCACCGUGUCCGCCCGGCUCGUUCGCAUCGGCGUGUUCCUGGACUGCGAGGGGGAGGAGGUGACUUUCUACAACGCUGUAACCAUGGCUCCGAUUUACACUUUCUCCACAGGGACCGUCACGGUUCCCCUGUUUCCCUUCUUCAACCCGUGUGACACAGAUGAUGGAAAGAACUCAGCACCAAUCGCAAUCUUCAGCCCCUCGCUUUAGGACGCAGGUCCCAGCAGCUGGAUUGACGAUGGACAAACUGAAUCUUAGUAGAAUCAUUAAAAAUGUGUUUUAUUAGGGAGGUAGCUCGGUACCAAAUGACUUGUGGUUCAUUGAUUUGUUUUUAUUUCUGGCAACUUCAAUUGAUUUAAUUUGGUUUAUUUCAAACAGCAACACAGAAAAUCCAAAGUAUUUUACAACAUCUUUAUGUGAUAGAGCAACAAAAGUAGUUUGCCAUGUAGAAGGUACAGCAAACAUCUGUAAGAAGGUGUUCUGGUCAGAUGAAACUUGUCCUGAGAUUUUUUGCCUAUUCUUAACACGAAAAGUGCAUAUGUCACCAUAAAAUACACCUACAGGUGAUGGUUUUCUCCACUUUUCUGUCAGCAACGCUAUUACAAAACAGGAAUAUUACAAAUUAUUUGAUUUCCAAGAUUUUUUUUUUGCAAGGCAGAAAGAGUAGCCAAAACAUUUCUCCUUUCACAUCUAGCUAAAAUGUCUGUGACUAUUAAAAUGGUUUUAAGCCUG